UUUGCCCACAAGAGAGAACUAAAUCACUGAAGAACCUCAAGUAAACCCGUUCUAAAGUAAUGCAGUUGUGACAUAAAUGGGUGUAAUGUGCCUCAAUGACAGUUGAAUGAUGUGAAGCAUUUCAAUGCCAACACGUACAUUAAAAUCACCAGUUUUACAUUGAAAUAUUACGACGCACAAUUAAUCGUAGAUUCUACAUCGCAAUGUAACAAUGUAGCCCAACCAGUCAGAAACGUUUGUUUUGGCAGGACGCUGUUGCUACACUGUUUCCGGCUGCGGUUCGCAACUUCACUACAGCUUCAUGUUUCAACAGUCUGAGUGAAGCAGGGGAAACAACUGUCUUUUCUUCAACCCCAGUUGCUCUGCGUUAACUUUUUCUUAUAUUUUUAAUUGUUCUAUUUAACUUUUUAUAUCUAUAAAUGACGCCAAUGAGUAAUAUUUGAGCAGUUUGUGCAGCGGUCGCCUGUCACCAUGAGAAGUCGCAGCAACUCUGGCGUGAAACUGGACAACUAUGUCCGGAUAAUUCAUCAAACUAUCCUCAAGCACCAGAAUCCAGUGACGGGUCUCCUCCCUGGAGGUCCAGAUCACCCUGAUGCCUGGGUCAGAGACAAUGUGUACAGCAUCCUGUCAGUGUGGGCCCUUAGUCUGGCCUACAGAAAGAAUGCUGACCGUGACGAGGAUAAGGCCAAGGCGUACGAACUGGAGCAGAGCGUGGUGAAGUUGAUGAGAGGAGUCCUCCAGUGUAUGAUGAGGCAGCUGGAUAAGGUGGAAAAAUUUAAAUACAGCAGAAGCACGUCUGACUCCCUUCACGCCAAAUAUAAUACGUCCACCUGUGCCACAGUGGUGGGAGAUGACCAGUGGGGCCACCUGCAGGUGGACGCCACCUCUCUCUUCCUGUUCUUCCUGGCUCAGAUGACGGCCUCAGGUCUUCACAUCAUCUACACUCAGGACGAGGUGGAUGUGGUCCAGAAUCUCCUGUUCUACAUAGAGACAGCCUACAAAGUGGCAGAUUAUGGUAUGUGGGAACGAGGUGACAAAACCAACCAGGGCAUCACUGAGAUUAACGCCAGCUCCAUAGGAAUGGCCAAGGCUGCUCUGGAGGCUCUGGAUGAUCUGAACCUGUUUGGAGCCAAAGGAGGACCAGGAUCUGUGGUUCACGCUCUGGCUGACGACAUCCAGCACUGCCAGUCCAUCCUCACCUCCAUGUUACCCAGAGCCUCCAUAUCCAAGGAGGUGGACGCAGGAGUCCUGGCCAUCAUCUCCUACCCGGCCUUUGCUGUGGAGGACAUUAGCAUCGUUAACAUGACCAAGGAGGAGAUCAUCUCCAAACUGCAAGGUCGAUACGGCUGCUGCCGGUUCCUCAGAGACGGACACAAAACUCCCAAAGAGGAUCCAAACCGACUGUACUACGAGUCAGCAGAGCUGAAGCUCUUUGAGAAUAUCGAGUGUGAGUGGCCACUUUUCUGGACCUACCUGAUCCUGGACGGAAUCUUCAUCAACAGCCCUGAACAGGUCCAGGAAUAUCAGGAUGCUUUGGAGGGAAUCCUCAUCAAACAGAAGGAUGGGAUUCGUCUGCUCCCUGAACUUUACAGCGCUCCUGCUGACAAGGUGGAGGAGGAGUACCUGCAUCCUCACUCGGUGGACAGAGUCCCCCUGGGAAAGUGUCCUCUGAGGUGGGGACAGUCUCUCUACAUCCUGGGAAAACUGCUGUCUGAGGGUUUUCUGGCUCCUGGAGAGAUUGACCCUCUGAACCGUCGGUUCUCCACCAUCCCUAAGCCUGACGUGGUGGUUCAAGUGUCUAUCCUGGCCGAGACGGAGGAGAUCAAACAGCUGCUGCUGAAGAACGGCAUCGAGGUGGAGACGGUGGCCGACAUCCAUCCCAUCCACGUACAGCCCUCCAGGGUCCUGAGCCACAUUUACGCCAGGCUGGGACGAAAUCCCAGACUGGGUCUGACUGGACGGCCAUACAGGAGAAUCGGAGUUCUGGGAACCUCCAAGUUCUACAUCAUCAGAAACACUAUCUUCUCCUUCACACCUCAGUUCAUCGACCAUCAGCAGUUCUACAUGGCCCUGGACAACAAGAUGAUCGUGGAGAUGCUGAGGACAGAGAUCUCUUACCUGGCCUCCAGGUGGAGGAUGACCGGACGACCCACGGUGACCUUCCCUGUCUCACAGACCAUGCUGACUGAAGACCAGUCCAACCUGGACCCUGCCGUUCUGGCGACACUGAAGAAACUUCAAGAUGGCUACUAUGGAGGAGCCAGAAUCCAGACAGGGAAGCUGUCGGAGUUCUUCACCACUUCCUGUUUUGCUCACCUCAGCUUCAUGGACGGUAAGACUGCCAGCAGCCAAGAGAGUCAUGAAGGUAGCGACGAUGGAAAGGUGCAUGACUUUCGCUGUGACGAUGAGGCAGAUGAUCUAGCCCAGUACCUGGACCACCUCUUGGCCCACGCUGCUCCCAAGAAGCCCAAACCUCAGGCGGGCGGACUGGGCCGCUUCAAGGCCGCCGCUACUAAAACUAAAGAGAUGGUGACGCUAAUGAGCAAAGCUCAGGACCUGAAUGUGCAGAAUGUGAACAUGUACCUACCAAACAAACUUUUUCGCUCACAUCAUCUGUCACUGAAUCUGAACCUCCCUGAAUCUUCAGAACCACAACAGACCCAGACUCCGGAUGUGACAGGGGCAGCUGGGAGCGGCAUUCCCACAGAUGCCAGUGGAGCCGUGGAUCACGUGGCUCUGGUGCAGCUUUUGAAGGAAACUCAGAGUCUCCAAGACCAGGCUGAUAUUCUCUACAUCCUCUUCAAAGACAAAGGGAUGGACUGGGACACUCAGCUCCAUGGUAAAGGCUCCACCGUUUGCUCUCUGCUCACUGAUCUGUAUGAAAAGGUGGGGCAGCUGAAGCAGUGGGGUUUGGUCAGGAUGAUCUCAGGAAUGUUGAGGAAAAAGGUGGAAGAGCUGGACUCGGCCUGCUCUGACUUGUUGGCUCACCAGAAGCACCUGACAGUUGGUCUCCCCCCUGAACCAAGGGAGAAAACCAUCACAGCCCCCAUCCCUCCAGACCGACUGGCUGCUCUGAUCGACGAGGCCAGUGACAACAACAUCAGUGUGGCCAUCCUGACACAGGAGAUCAUGGUGUACCUGGCCAUGAGCAUCAGGACUCAGCCCAGUCUGUUCAGUGAGAUGUUCCGCCUCCGGAUCGGCCUCAUCAUCCAGGUGAUGGCCACUGAACUGGCUCAGUCGCUCAACUGCUCAGGUGCAGAAGCCACAGACAGCCUGAUGAGUCUGAGUCCGUCGGAACUGAAGAAUCUCCUACAUCACAUACUGAGCGGCAAAGAGUUUGGAGUCCAGCGCAGCGUGAGAGACCUGGACACAGGAGUGAGUCCAGCCAUCUCCAUCCAUCAGCUGGGUAACACUGGAGCCACCAAGAGUGAGAGAGCAGGGAUCAGCAAACUGAAGAGUGACAUGAAGAUGCUGGAGCGCACGUUGUCGGUGACUCCCACCAGUCAGUCGGAGCUGUCUUUGACUCCUCGUAAGGGAAUCAGAUCUCAGUCUCUGGACGUCGACAACAUUGACUCCGGGCGUUAUCGUCUGCCCUCCAUCGAGUCUCUGGACAUUCCCGACAACAUUCCGGUUUCCAAGGACACCAGACAGGGACAGUGGCUGCGCAGGAGGCGUCUGGAUGGAGCCCUGAACCGAGUCCCUGUCGGCUUCUACCAGAAGGUGUGGAAAAUCCUGCAGAAGUGUCAUGGUCUCUCCAUCGAAGGAUUUGUUCUUCCUUCUUCGACCACCAGAGAGAUGACCGCUGCUGAGAUAAAGUUCUCAGUCCAUGUGGAAACGGUUCUAAACCGGGUUCCUCAGCCUGAGUACCGGCAGCUGCUCGUGGAGGCCAUCCUUGUCUUGACCAUGUUGGCCGACGUGGACGUCCAGACCAUUGGCUCCAUCAUCCAUGUGGAGAAGAUUGUCCACCUGGCCAACGACAUGUUUUACAAAGACCAGAAGGACCUGGGAGCAGAGGAUCACAUCCUGGACAGAGACCCGUCCACAGGGGUAUGUCGACUGCUCUAUGACAGUGCCCCCAGUGGCCGUUUUGGCAGCAUGACCUACCUGACCAAGGCUGUGGCCGUUUAUGUUCAGGACCUGCUGCCCAGCGGCUCCUGCGCCGUUCAGUGAAAAAAAAAAAAAAGAUCCCAUUAAGCUCUUCAGAUACUGCAGUUUUUACCCAUCGAGUACUGCAGUGCUCGCCUGUUAGGUGCUGUAGAUUACACAAAUUAAAUACUGCAGUUAUCACCCAUCAGAUACUACAGUAUUUAUCAAUCAGAUACUACAGUUUUCACCCAGAGCACAGUUGGACUAGUCUCUCUUUUACUUUGUGUGUGUGGUGUCGCCGUUCAGUGAAUGAGAGUGUGUGUGUGUGUGUGUGUUUGUGUGUGUGUGCAUGCGUGCGUGUGUGUGUGUAUGUGGGUGUGUGUAACAGCUAAAGUUCCUACAUUUUUAGGCUUCACCUCAGGAUGUAAAGGCUGUUGUUUUCCCAGAACUUUGACUGGGAAAAUCUCCACUUUUUCAUAUCUGGAUUAUUAACACCAGCAAAAUAUCCAGACAAAAUCCUCUGGAAUUAUUAGAGUUAAUUUUUUUUUGAGUUAAGAGUUAAUUUAAUUAGUGUUGCUGUUUUUGGAAUUGUGUUUAGUUAACAAGUAAUAUUGUUUAGAUCAGAAUAAGGGAAAUGAUGUGUCGUGUGAGUAAACAUGCUAAAAUGCUGCUGUCGGUUGAAUGAAGACAGUGGAACUAACGUUGUCCUUGUUUUGAGCAGAACUGACCUUUGACCUUGCUGUGACCUUUAAGAUCAAGACGAGACGUGCCAGAUAUUUUUGUUAGAGGAACAUAAAAGUGUUACUGAUGAUUAACGUUACACUCCACAUCAUCACAUCUGUUUUCACACUUUCUCUCACUUUAUGGAAACCUCCGCUGAAUGGAGUCAUUGUUUCCAGCAGAAAAUGUCUACAUAACGUAUUGACUGAGAAUUCAAUUUUAAAAAAUACAUGUGUAAUAGAUGACAAGUAUUUAUUAAAAGUCUCUGAUGCAG